AUGACUAGACUGGACCUGCUGAUAGCAUCAAUAUUUAUUUCGACUGCAUUUAUUGCAGUUUACGGAUAUCCAGGUUCUAUAUUGCAUCGGGAUGCAAGAUCGCCAUAUUACGGCGGUUUUGGAUUCCACCCACCUCCACCAUUCCCAUUUUUCCGAACAAACAAUUGGAGUGGAAUUACAAAAAGCGCUGAUGGAAACACCAAUGGAGUAUACAGUGGCGCUGCUGCAAGUGCCACAAAUACUGCAUCGGCUACUGGACAAGCAUUAUCGCUAGCAUCAGCUGACUGUGAUGAUGACGAUUCGGUUCAAUCUACUGGGAUUUCUGGCAAAUUAAUAGCUGGUUUCGGUGAUGGACACAGAGGCGACCACUCUGGUGGUUUCGGUGGACAAUUCAGUGCUCAUAAAGAAGCUCGUUAUUCUUUCCAAAGUGGUGGAGGAAAGUUUGAAGCUGAAGGUUCUGGAUUGAACGGCCAAAGUGGCACUGGGAGCCAUGAACAGUUAAACCUUGGUGCAAGUAGUUCAGCGAAUGGUAAUAUCGGAGCCGCUGAUCUUAGUAAAGGCAAUGGACUCUAUUCAUCAAGUCACGAUAGCGCACAAGCAGGAGGUAAAUUAACUGGUGGUGAUCAAAGCGGUGGUUUCAGCAGUUCCAGCGCGCAUAGCUCAUCAUUUGGUUCAGUAAAAGGUAAUGGCCAACAACAAGUGGAGUUAGUAAGUGGGGGCAUACAUUCUGAAAAAGAUGAUCAAGAGCAAUCAAAUCUUGACACUCAAGCUGACUUCAAUGCAGAAUCUGGGCAAAAAAAUACUGAACGUUUCACCCAGAACGAAGAAGAAAGCCAUGAACAUAGUCAUCAACAAUAUGGUAUACCGAACCAACAAGGAGAUGGCUUAAGCCAACAAGGUAGUGUUUUAAGUCAACAAACUUUGACCAGUUCAUAUGGACAACAAAAUAAAGUAGGCGGAGCAUUUGGGCAACAAAAUAAUCAGCUGAAAGAACAAGUUGGGCUUAAUGGUGGAAAUGGCCAGCAAACUGUCCAAAGCGGCUAUGGUCAACAGAAAGUACUAACUGGUGUUGGUCAUCAGCAAUAUAAAGGCGCCUUUGGCCAAUCACAAGGCCAAGUUGGAUUUGACCAACAUGUACAUCAAGGAGGUUUUAAUAAACAUCAAGCUCAAGCUUCAUUUAGCCAGAAAGAGCAAAAUCAAGGUGCGUUUGGACAAUCACAAGGCCAAGUUGGAUUUGGCCAACACGUACAUCAAGGAGGUUUUAAUAAACAACAAGGUCAAGCUUCAUUUAGCCAGAAAGAGCAAAAUCAAGGUGCCUUUGGCCAAUCACAAGGCCAAGUUGGAUUUGGCCAACAUUUAGGUCAAGGAGGUUUUAAUAAACAGCAAGGUCAAGCUACACUAAGCCAGGAAAAGCAAGAUCAAGGUGCCUUUGGCCAAUCACAAGGCCAAGUUGGAUUUGGCCAACACGUAGGUCAAGGAGGUUUCAAUAAACAGCAAGGUCAAGCUUCAUUUAGCCAGAAAGAGCAAAAUCAAGGUGCCUUUGGCCAAUCACAAGGCCAAGUUGGAUUUGGCCAACAUUUAGGUCAAGGAGGUUUUAAUAAACAGCAAGGUCAAGCUACACUAAGCCAGGAAAAGCAAGAUCAAGGUGCCUUUGGCCAAUCACAAGGCCAAGUUGGAUUUGGCCAACACGUAGGUCAAGGAGGUUUCAAUAAACAGCAAGGUCAAGCUUCAUUAAGCCAAGAAGAGCAACUCAAACAGCAUAAUCUACAAGGUGGAAAUAGUGCUAGCAGCCAAGCUUCUUCUUACGCCCACGUCAGAGGCUUUGGCUAUGGGAGAGGGUUCUCAGGAUAUGGACAUGAUCACAGUCAUAGUAACGGUUUUAACUCCAAAUAUCAAGCUAAUCAAGACUUGCAACAGCAACAAUCAGGACCUGAAUUGACCAGCGGAAACAGUGAAUCGCAAAGUGCUGGUAGUAGUUCUAUUGGAGGAGCGUUAAAUCUUGCUUCUCAAGGCUUAGAAGCAGCACAAAAGGCUGGAUGCAGUACUUGUGCUGGAAAUGGUGGAUAUGCCUUCAGUAAUGCAAAGAGUCACAGUGGGUCAGCUAUUUCCAUUGCAUUUGGCGGUUAA